UUAGGUUAUCUUUAAAACUUAACCGGUUUUUAACAAAAAAAAUGUUAAUUCUUGUCAAUCAAUAUAUUUAACAGUGAUAAAUACAAUAUUUUAUCUUACAGUUAUCUAUUAUUAAGAAGAUUGGAGGUAACUAAAAAUAUAACACAAAGACACCUGAUAAGUCUUCUUAAAACCUCUUCAAAUAAUCAGUUAAAAAUGUCUAAUGAGCUGGUUGAAAUAGAUGGUUCACAAUUAGAAGGUGGUGGUCAAAUUUUACGAAUAUCUUUGACAAUAAGCGUACUUACAAACACUCCAAUUAAAAUAAUUAACAUAAGAGCUGGUCGUUCAAAACCCGGUCUUAUGGAACAACAUUUAAAAGGUGUUGAACUUGUUUGUGAUAUUUGCGAUGGUAAAGUCCAGGGUGCGGAAAUAGGUUCAACAGAAAUAACUUUUCACCCUGGAAAAGUAAAAAGUGGAAAUUAUAAAGCUGUUAUAAAAACGGCCGGCAGUAUAAGCUUACUGCUUCAAGUGGCACUUCCAUGCGUUUUAUUCGCAGAUGACGAAUCGACGUUAAACUUACAAGGGGGUACUAAUGCGGAAAUGGCCCCCCAAAUUGAUUACACGACAGAGGUUUUCCGCCCGUUGUUAGAAAAAUUCGGGGCUACGUUCGAUUUUUAUUUGAAACGGCGGGGUUAUUUUCCAAAAGGGGGUGGAGACGUUACCGUUACUGUUAAACCCAUACCAAAUUUAAGCCCGAUUGAAAUGCUAGAACAAGGUGAUGUAACCGGCAUUUAUGGCUGGAGCUUUGUUGCUGGUACUUUACCGCUUCAUAUGACUCAUACUAUGGCUAAUUCAGCUACUAAUCGAUUAAGAGAUUUUUAUAAAAACAUUAAUAUCGAACGUUAUAAAGAAUCUCCAGGUGUGAGUGUUGGAAAUUGUUCAGGAAUUAUAUUAGUUGCUGAAACUAAUAGUGGUUGCGUAUUGGGUGGAUCUGCUUUGGGAAAAAGAGGUGAAACCUCGGAACAAACGGGUUUGAAAGCGGCCGAGGAGUUAAGAACAGCAUUAAAAAACGGAGCUUGUCUUGAUAUACAUAGUCAAGAUCAGGUUAUUGUUUUUAUGGCGCUCGCUGAUGGAAUUUCUAAAAUUAAAGUUGGUACCAUCAGCAUGCAUACAAAUACUGCAAUUUAUGUUAUUGAAAAAUUAACCAAAGCAAAAUUUUGUAUUACUCCAAGUGGAGAAGGUUCAAUUAUUGAAUGUGUUGGAAUUGGUUACAAAUCUUCAUAUUUCCCUUAAAAUCAUUAAUUUAUUGUAAUUUCUUGGAUUUAUUUGAGACGGAAGAAGUUAUGUAUAUAAUUAAUUUAUAAUUAAUAAAAUGUUUAUCCCGC